AUGUUCCCAAAAUUGGAAUACACAAUCGAGGGACUCGAACCGACUCACGCUUAUGGCCUUGUUCUUCAGAUUGAGCAAGUCGAUGACAAUAGGUUUGUUCCUCCUCAGUUUAUUUUUUCUGGUGGUGAAUGGAGUGCUGCUGGUCGCGGAGAGAGUGGCGGAGUUUCGAAGAACGUCAUGCACCAUGACGGUGUCAUGCCUGGUGCACACUGGAUGCGCCAAGCGGUGAACUUCGAACGCGUCAAGAUCACCAACAACUUCAGCGACAUCAAUCCAAGCCAUAUUUUCCUCCAAUCGAUGCACAAAUACAUCCCCGUGCUGAGCAUAUUCGAAAUUGCCCAGAGUGAAACUCCUUUCCUGUCUGCAUCAACGAGCCAUCCACCAAAACAGGUUGCCCGGAUACGAAUUCCCGAGACCGAAUUCAUUGCCGUAACCGCCUACCAGAACAGCACGAUCACGCAGUUGAAAAUCGAACACAACCCUUUUGCGAAGGGUUUCCGCGACGGUGGUGAACGAAAGAGGUGCACACCAGAGGACAGUUCGGCAACACCAUCUCCCAAACGUGCCUACUCACCACAUCAACACCCUUACGCAGCUUUGUUCGACAAGCCGAUGUCAGUCAUGGCUGCCACACCAUCGCAGCUGGGAAUGCCGCCCAUGUGGCCAACGUUCUACCCUUCUUACUGGAAUCCUUAUUCCUACAUGUUGAAUCCGUUGUUUGCGAGAUUCGGGGCAGGACCAAAA